AUGCUGCGUGUCUUAGCCUGGCUGGCGAGGGUGCAAGGCUAUGAUUGGCAGAACUGGUUCAACGGAAGCUUUCCUACUGCGGAAGUGAGUGCUGGCAACUUCAGCCUCUACUCCCAUGGUGUGAACAACGCGGUGGCUGUGAAGUGGGCGGCCGCCUGGAGUGAUGUCUAUGGCCCUCCGGCGCUGGCCGAGGCAUCUCUGCAUGCCUGGCAGCAGCUGCAGCGGUUUCAUGGUCUGCCCAGUGGGGCCUUUGGCGCCGACGAACAUUUGGCAGGUCGAGAACUUCAUCGUGGCACCGAGCUCUGUGUGGUGGUGGAAUCCAUGCGGAGCCUCGAAGAGACCUAUGCCGCCCUGCCGGACAGGCCCGAGCUGGUCGACGCCCUGGAGGCCUUGGCCUUCAACGCGCUGCCCGCGGCCGUGAGUGGCGACCACUGGAGCCAUCAGUACUUGACCCAAAACAACGCCAUUUUUGCUGGCAUUGAAUCCGCGAGCGCCAGCGAGGGCGCUGAGGGCGAAGCGAGCCCCCUCUCAGAGGUCUUUGGCAAUGUAGGCUUAGACGCCACAAUGUACGGCAUCUCGCCGAACUUCCCCUGCUGCACGGUGAAUUUCGCCCAGGGCUGGGGCAAAUUUGUUGCCUUGGGCCUUUGGCUCUUCGAUCCCGGUACUCCACGUGAAAUGCCCUUAUUGCUCUCAGCGGCUUUGGCACCGUCCACCGUCAAGCUGCCAAUGCUGGAGGUGGAGUUGGAAACGAUCUACCCCUUCAACCCCGAGGCCUCGCUUCGCUACGUGGUCCGAAAGGCCUCCACACCGUUCCAGCUGCUGGUCCGGGUGCCGUGCUGGGCGGAGUUGUCUCGCUCCGAGGUCCGUGGCCCACAGGGCGCGUGGAAGGUCCCAACAGACGUCUCCCCACGCCCUUCAGUCUUCACCUUCUUAGUGGAGAAGCCGGACGUUUGGGAGGUCCGCUUUGCGGCUCGCUGGCAGCUGGUUCUUGAUCCGCAGGGCAGUGCCGGCCACUUCUCGCUAGGUCCUCUGAUCUUCGUGAAGCCCCUGGCGCAUCAAGCUGUUCCAGUGCCCCUGGAUGAUGGGCCAUAUGGGCCUGGUCCAAAUCCGCCUCCAGCUGUGAGGGACGAGAUGUUGCUGCCCACGGAAGAUUGGGCCUGGGUCUACUUCCUGAACGAGUCCUGGGAAGAAGGCCUCGAGUCCCAGAUGCUCGAGUCCGUGGCCCACUUCGACCGUUGCCCCAGCGCCUUUGUGCCCGGCGCUCUGUGGCGCUCCUGGGCGAAGACGCCAAGGCGACGCCACAAGCUCGGGAGUCCUGGUGUCCAAGUGCCGCCACAACCAGAGGUACCAGACUUUGGCCCCAUCACGCGGCUUCUUGGUGCGACCGACGGGACGAGGGACCUCGGCCGACCGGCCGAGGUUGGAACUGCAGCCCAUGGGAUGCACAAAGUUGCGCAUGACGCAGCUGCCCAUUCGCUGGCACCGUGGUCGUCCUUCUUCAAGCCAUAUCAGUCAGCUUCUCAACGCAAUAUCAAUCAGACAUGGACUUGGUCAGCUGACCUGUCGAUGAUGCCAGCACCCUCCAUAGGCAGCCCAGCCCCAGUCGACAGAGCGGUAGCGCCAGGCUUUUCGCCCUAUGCCGCGCCCCCUUCGAUGUGGCUUCAACCACCGCAGGGCCUUCCCAUGCCCGCGCCCAUUGUCAUGCCUUCGUUGGAUGCUUUGGAGCCAGCGAGUUGGGAGCAGCAGGCCGACCUGGCGAACAAAGCGCGGCAGAUGGAGGCUUUGCAAAACCACUUGGCCUCUCUGCAGCGGGCGGUGGUGAAUGAACGCGAGCGCGCGGCUCGCUCUGAGGGAUUACUUCGGUUGAAGGAGGAGGCCCGAAAGCUCUCGCCAAGCCUUUCAGCUUUGACGGAGCACUUGAAGGACUCUGAGGACCAUGCUUUGGUCAUCAACCAGUGGUUUGCUUCGGAAGGCCCCAAAAUCAAAGGCUGGAAGGAGUCGACUGAUCCAAGCCUUCUGCUGUUGAAGGACCUUCGAGACCUCCGACACCAGGUGAGUCUCUUAGGUGCUCGGUGGCAGCAGUUGGAGGCCUUGCUCUCCAAAGCUCCAGACCAGGCGCCUCCUGCAUCACCGGCAAGCUCUUUGGCGUUUCCGACCUCACCGUUGGUGGAGACCCGGCCCAUGCAGGUUGAGGGGCCUUCUGCGGCUUCACAGGCCAUGCCUGUGCCACCUUCUUCGCCGCCCCGGAAGUCGUGUCCGGCUGGACAUCCAGUGCAGUCUGUGACCACGGGCACUGAUGGCAUCACCUGCCAGGUUUGCAGCAUUCUUCAUGCCAGAGGUAGCAUGAUGAUGAGAUGUGAGCUGUGCAACUUCGAUGCCUGUAACCGCUGCGUGGCGUCCCAGGCUGGCCUUUCUCCACUCCCGCCUGAACGUGUGCAUCAGGCCCCUACAGGCGUGGAAGGCGCCCCGUUCAGCGCAAUGGCGCCGAUCCCUGAGGACGGGGCGGCCUCCUCACCUGCUUCCUCGCCCGGCUCCGCGGACGCCCGUCCCGCCCGGGACUCGCCUGCCUCGGGCGACUCCCCGGUGGGGGAGCGGAGAGCGCAGGCUCAGUUCACCAGCUUCCACAUCAAAGAGGGCUGAGGCGGCUGAGGAAAGUGAGGGACGCAAGAGGGACCGGCCAUGCGUGCAGCAAGAAAAGGCAUGGUUACCCACCACGGGCA